CGUUCGUCACGGGGAGUGUCCGGCGAUGUAGCGUCGCGUCUGUAGUGCUACUCUCGUGCUUUCGUUUCGCACUUUUUAUUUCCACUCGUUCGAAGAGCUUAAUUCGCCAGUUUCAUCGUAUGAGUUAUAAAUGUCCUCAAGAUGUUUUAUUUACUAAGUGCCGCAGUGUUUUCCCUAGUCUUAUCACUGCCUAUACAUGCACAAAAUACUUUUUACGGAGAACAACUUUAUGAGUGUCCUCAGUAUUGGGUAAAAUUCCAAGAGUCAUGCUAUCGUUUUAUCAAGAGUCCGCUGAGACCACGAGAGGACGCUCGCAGGAAUUGCCAAGCAUUUGAAAGUGACCUGCUUGCCAUUAACACAGUGGAAGAGCAUGGGUUUAUAGUCCAUCAAUUGCUGUGGCAAGACCCGCAGCAUCGCAGAUGGUAUACCGGUAUAAAACUACAGAGUGGUAUAUGGGUGAACGAGGCUGACGGUACAUCCUUGAUAAACUUGGAUAAUACCUUCUUGCCCGAGCCCAAUGACAAUAUAAUAGGAAGGGACUACUUAGUAUACUCUUACAGUAACAAUCUCCAACGUUGGGGAUUGGAAAAGGUUAUGGGCAAAGAGGAGUUUUUAUAUAUUUGUGAAGCAUCUGUUACGACUCUUCGCAAUUUGAUAGAGGAUGAGCGUACUUAUCAAUAUGGUAUCGAGAUUGAUAAUCCCCUUCAAAUACCCAGAGGACCAUAUUUUAUUAAAAAACCUGUAACCAAAAUAUUUGACACAUUGAACAGACGGGUAAAUAAUAAUAUCCAAUUGAGCUGUCUAGCAGGAGGCUAUCCCACACCGACUUAUGAAUGGUUCAAGGAAGAAUAUGAAAAUGAUAGACUUAUUGCAACAAAAAUUGAUCCUCUUUUAAAUAGAAGAUAUACCGUGAGUGGUGGAACAUUGAUCAUCUAUGAGCCAGAACAGCAAAUGGAUCGUGGCUCAUACCACUGCAAGGUGUCCAACAAAUUUGGCACAAUUAUAUCUGAGAGUAUCAAACUCUUGUUUGGGUAUAUUCACGAGUUCAAUUUGAAACGUUCCGAAGAACAUGGUGAUAAUCAUUGGGGUAAAGUCGUGUAUUGCGAUCCACCGAAGCAUUUUCCUGAAGUGAAAUUCUAUUGGAAUCGCGAUUUCUUCCCUAAUUUCGUCGAAGAGGACAAGCGUGUGUUUGUCUCGAACGAUGGUGCUCUUUACUUCUCCGCGUUGGAAACGAUUGACCAAGGAACUUAUUCGUGCAAUGUUCAAAGCAUCGCAUCCAAUAUGGGACGAAACGGGCCGUUUUUCCCGUUGAAAGUGGAUACGCACUCCUCGUUUCAGCAAUUGAAGUUUCCCAACAAUUUCCCAAAAGUGUUUCCGGAGGCACCGAUAGCUGGAGAGGAAGUUAGGCUGGAAUGCAUCGCGUUUGGAUACCCUGUCCCAUCGUAUAACUGGACGAGAAGGGGCUCCGCUUUACCACGCAAAGUCCAAAUGAGGAGUUACAAUCGAGUGUUAAUAAUACCGCAAGUAAAUGUGGAGGACCAGGGCGAAUACGUUUGCCGCGUGAAUAACGACAGAUUGUCAAUCGAGAAUUCCGUUCAACUGACCAUACAAGCGCAGCCUAACUUCACCAUCCCGUUGACCGACAAAUACAUGGAUAACAGAGGGGAUCUGACUUGGACCUGCGAGGCCUUUGGCAUACCGGACGUCACCUAUACUUGGUUCAGAAACGGAGAACCCUUGGACAUGUUAACUCUACCGCCUCGAGACAGAGAUCGCUACACUAUACGGGAUAAUGUGUUAAAUAUAAAACAUCUCGACCCCGAGAGGGAUCCAGCUAUGUAUCAGUGUUGCGCGAAGAAUCAGCUGGAGACAACUUAUUCGUCGGCGCAACUGAGAGUAUUAUCAUUUAAACCGUCUUUCAAAAAGCGGCCUAUGGAAUCCGAGACGUAUGCGGCAGAAUCGGGUAACGUUACGAUCGUGUGCAAACCCGAGGCCGCGCCCAGGCCGACAUUCGUCUGGAAGAAAGAUGGAAACGUAAUCGGGUCGGGUGGUAGGCGAAGAAUUCUGGAAAUAGGCAACCUUAUCAUUAGUCCAGUGUCGAGAGAUGAUGAGGGGACCUACGUGUGUACGGCGACUAAUGAGUAUGGCAGCGACGAGACUCGUGGGCGGCUAAUUGUAUUAAGUAAACCGCAAUUUAUCGAAGAAUUGCCACCAAAGAUAGUCAUGUCCUACAAUCAGAAUCGGACUUUGCGAUGCUUGGGCCAUACAGAUGAGAUGUUGGAUGUGGCAUAUGUCUGGAAACAUAAUGGCAUGCGUAUUCGUAACAAAGACUUGUUCAGCAAUCCGCGAAUACAUAUCGAUGGCGAAUAUCUUGAUAUUAUAAACGCAACUUUCAGCGAGGCGGGCAAUUACGAAUGCGUUUUGAAAAGCGCCAUUGGUGAAAUAACUAGUAAGACCGAGCUGAUCGUGCAAGGCCCGCCAGGACCACCCGGUGGAGUACAGGUUAUGAACAUUGUGAAAACUAGCGUCGUGUUACGGUGGACUGACGGCGCGCUAAAUGGCAGACCGAUAACCAUGUAUGCAAUUCAGGGCCGAACGAGUUGGAAUCAUACAUGGGUUACUCUUGCAGAAAAUAUUAAAGCCAUCGAGACGGACAGGUACAACGGUCGUAAAGAAGCGCGCUUGGAAAACGUCUUGAACCCUUACUCUACGUACGAGUUCCGCGUGUUGGCUUUCAACGAGUACGGUUACGGGCAACCGUCGGCUGAGUCACCUCAGUACAGCACUCCUCCCGACAAGCCCAAUAAAGUACCGUCGAAUAUCAGCGGUGGUGGCGGAAAGAGCGGUGACCUUACGAUCACGUGGGACCUCCUCAGUCCGCCCGACCAGAACGGUCCUGGGAUUUAUUACAAGAUAUUUUGGCGUCGCAAGGGACACGAGAAGGAGUUCCGGUCGUCGUUGCUGGAGAAGUUCAGCACCGGCAUGAGUGUCGUGCGGAUCGAUCGGGAAUAUUUUUAUACCGAAUACGAAGUAAAGGUGCAAGCGAUCAAUUCGUUGGGCGAGGGUCCCAUUUCAGAAAUACAUACAGUAUACAGCGCGGAAGACAUGCCGCAAGUCGCGCCACAGUUGGUCGUUGCCGUCGGCUACAACAGCACCAGCUUGAACGUCAGCUGGUCGCCGAUCAACCAGACUCGUCACUACGUACGAGGCAAUUUGAUCGGCCACAGAAUCAAGUAUUGGAAGAAAGACUUCCCCGAAGAGGGUGCCGUCUACUACUUGUCGCGCACCACACGGCCUUGGGCACUGGUCGUCGGUUUGCAACCGGAUACUUAUUAUUACGUAAAGGUGAUGGCUUACAACACCGCCGGGGAGGGUCCGGAGAGCGAACGGUACCUGGAGAGAACGUAUCGCAAAGCGCCGCAGAAGCCGCCGUCCUCGGUGAACGUGUACGGCGUGAACCCGUCGACGGUAAGAGUCGUCUGGCGCUAUGUGCAACCCAGUUUAGAGGAGGAGCCACUGAUAGGGUACAAGAUUCGAGUAUGGGACCUGGAUCGCGAUAUGAGCACCGCGAACGACACUAUAAUACCCAGCGGUUCGAAGCUGGAAGCAGACAUCAAGGACCUGAGCCCGGGCAAGAUCUAUAACUUGCGAGUCCUCGCAUUCAGCAACGGCGGCGACGGCCGAAUGUCCAGUCCGACGCACACAUUCCAAAUGGGUGACACAGCCGCCUUUAGAAGCAACGCCGGAACCUUGUUUCUGAGUACAGCCCUCCUUGGGAUUUCUUUAUUAUUGUUAUCAGUUAUGUUGCGAGUUCUCAGCCGUUCUAUCCGCUCGUCGCAUCUGCUCAGGAGGAGCACGGAAGCUGUUUGCGUGUCGAGCACGAGGAACUUAAAUUUGCUGGAGUACCAGAGCAAGGAACUUCUGCGUGAGUGCGGCGUAUCGGUACAAAACUUCGCCAUCGUCGAUGACUUAACCAAGACGAAUUCCGCUCUGGAGAAGCUGCAUGAGGGUGAAUAUGUUAUUAAGGCCCAAGUCUUAGCUGGAGGUCGUGGUAAAGGCUGGUUCGACAAUGGAUUUAAAGGAGGUGUACACCUCACCAGAGAUCGCAAUGCUGUCUCAAAUUACGUAAAAAACAUGCUCGGCCAUCGGCUCAUUACUAAGCAGACCUCGAAGGAAGGCAUACCGGUGCAGAAAAUCAUGAUCGCCGAGUCGGUAGAUAUCGUGCGCGAAACUUACGUCUGUAUUCUCAUGGAUCGGGAAUACAACGGCCCGGUGCUGAUAGCAUCUCCCGCUGGCGGUAUGGAUAUCGAGACCGUGGCGGAAAAGAACCCUGAGCAGAUCAAAACCGUCCCGUUGGACAUCUAUUACGGGAUUGAUGACGAAAUAGCGAAGGAUGUAAGCGUCUUCCUGGGGUUUUCCGAUCCCGAUAUCCUCAAGAAAGCCAUGUACGAAUUGAAGAAUUUGUGGAAGCUGUUCGUGGACAUCGACGCUCUGCAAGUUGAGAUUAAUCCGUUCGUGGAGACGAAAGACAAGCAAGUGAUAGCAGUGGACGCGAAAAUCGCGUUCGACGACAAUGCUCAAUUCAGACAACAAAAUCUGUUCGCCCUGGAAGACGUUAGUGAGAAAGAUCCCCGUGAGGUGGACGCGUCGCGCUUCAACCUGAACUACAUCGGCAUGGAUGGCAACAUAGGAUGUUUGGUAAAUGGAGCUGGCUUAGCCAUGGCCACAAUGGAUAUCAUCAAGCUAAAUGGGGGAUCGCCUGCUAACUUUCUGGAUGUUGGCGGUAACGUAAGAGAGGACCAAGUUUUCCAGGCAUUUAGAAUACUCAGUGAAGAUCCAAAAGUCAAAGUUAUUUUCGUUAACGUCUUCGGAGGUAUCGUGAAUUGCGCAACAAUAGCGAAAGGAAUUAUUACGGCGUCGCGUAACUUAGGUCUUCAGAUACCUCUCAUAGUGAGACUAGAAGGCACUAACGUGACAGAAGCCAAAAAAGUUUUAGCCGAUUCGGGAUUACCCAUUCUCACGGCGAAUAACUUAGACGAAGCGGCAAAAAAAGCGGUAAAAUCUGUGAAAGCGUAAUCGUGUCGAUGGGAUGAUGCGCGUUGUCAACUUAUACUUAUUCAAGACUGGAAAACUUUAAUUUUAAUGUAAAGGAGCAAUAACUCCGUACAAAACACACGAUUCGUAAAGUGGGAGGUGGGAAUAUCAUAUAUACUAUUUUUAUAAGAUAUAAUCAAAUACUUCCGUGUUAAUCAGGGAAGCAUUAGCAUUUAUGCUAAUUUUUGACAUAAUAUUUGUUGUAUUUUUAUAAGAAUUUGUAUACAUUACGUUUUGCCAUCGGAUCCCGGCAUGAGAGUGCUUUGUUUUGUAGGUCUGUUCUGUUGUAUUUUGAAAGAUAUAGCAUGUCGAAUUCCGAAUUUGACCCACUUGUAAUAUUUCAUUAUAAUUUAUGUCGAUUAAUUUGUUACGCAGUUAAUUUUAACUCAUUCCCACAGAUCGCCGUUAAAUCCCAAACACAAAGAAUUGUAUCAUUCAAUUGCAGUGGCGGCAUCACUAAGUUAUCCUGUAUGUACAUGCUCCUUUAAUUUUGUAAAUACAUUUAUUUUUUUAGAUGAAUAUGGAACGAUUUAUAUUGGAAGAAGAAAAAAAUAAUAAAUGUAUAUUCUACUUUA